AUGCCGCUACACCCGCGAGUGCACGAAUGGCAAACGCUUCUUCUUCGUCCUGAUAUUGCCAAUUGUCUUGCAUUCUCCAAGUUGCGCUGUGUGAUCUCAGUCAUUUCGCUUUUAUUACUUGCAACGGAUAUCCCUCGCUCCGGUCUUGGUGUAAGACGACUAGAUGAGUAUUAUCCGCCGCUUAAACCGGACACCGCCGUUCGCUUUGGACCGUUUGAUUACCCUGUGAGGCACAUUUGGCGAAUACGAGACAUUAACAACGACGCAGACUCAUUCCGUGGGCUCGAAGGAUCAGACUCCGUUGAUUCAGCCAAUGUGUGGUCCUACAAAUACGAUACGACAUCUGUGGGUCUGCGUGGUGCAGUGGAGCUACUUAACGUUACCGAAUAUCCAGACUACUUACUUUACAGAGGUGAAUUGGGCAAGAAAAACAACCAUAGAGCAGUACUGGGAUUGAACACAACGUUUUUGAUGCUGGACGCGUUCAUUGGUGCAGCUCAGGCUCAAAUAUUACCAGAUAAUCGUGCCAUCAACCCUUCUUGGGGCGCUAUUCGUUUCACAACGAAACACAUUUGGGUAGAUCGAGCUCAUCAAUAUCUGACCCAGUUCAUUAGGCAGUGCAAAUUCUGGAGUCUACACUCUCUCCACGUCCCGAUAAUACCUCAUCAGACUAAUACGCUUCGAAUAUGCUCGACUGCCAUGCCAUAUCCACAGCCCCAGCCUCGAUUCUGCACAUACUCAGGUAUUUGGGAGUGUGAAAAUCCGUUGAAUGUAUCGCUUCCUCGUAUCCGGAUUUCAGAACAAAUGGACAUCCGAUUUCAAGAUCUCCAGCGACGAUACCCAGAUUUAAAGCUGGACGUAGCAAUUCUUUCAACGCAUCGACCCUCCAUGACGUCAGGAACUCUGAGUUUGACUUUCUUCAACUGCGAAGAGCACGAAAUUAUCAUGUUAACAAGAGGAAGACGAUGUAGCGGAAACGAAACGAAAGUUGCACCAAAUUUUGACGAGUGUGCUACGGUCUUUGUCGACGACUAUCGAUAUGAACGCAAUAUUCUCCAGACGAACGUUGCGGACUGGUACUUCUUUAUUGCAGCGAUGCGUGCCGCUGCGCAAAACUACUUUUGGGUCAGGCUAAUUCUUCUUUAUUACACUGCCUUUCUUGCUAGUAAGGAGCUCGGAGAUGAUACCAUUUACUGGUACAAACGUGUCAUAUCGGCAGUUUUGAUCGUGUUUAAAAUCCCUUUCCAAGUUAUCGUGUACAGCAGCUUACUGCCUGUUGUUUGCUACGUUGCGGCACUCCUUCUAGACGGAAAUUUCAUGGACAUAUACCUCGACUCGUACUGGUCCACUCUAGAAGGGGCUUCAAAUUUUGAGUUUAUGUCUUUCUUAAAUUCUGCAGUGACUCAAAUGCGAACUGUUUGGUUAAUGGCAUUGCUCGUGGAUUUAAUGGUCCUUGUGGCGAGAAAGAGAAUAAACGGUUCCGAAGAGAAGAUCCUGGGUAUCCGUGGACUAGCAAUCAGCUUCACAUCGGCAUUAACAAUAAUUGGACCGUACAGACAAACCACGUUCAGGAACUCAAAAGUGGUGAAAGCACUUCACCUUCCCGAUGUUGGUCAACGAAUGGACACGGUCAUGUCCACUCCGCAAUGGUUUUUCAACGAGUCCACCUAUAUGUUUGACGAUAGCAUGACAAUGCUGAUAUUCUGCAUUGGUGCUGUAGUAACAAUCACGAGCGCCUUGAGGUUGGUGAGCUUCUAUCUACGCGCUGAUCAAGGUCUGGUCUUAAUAUCCACCAUCAACGUCCCGUAUGGUACCGAGUUUCUCUGGCCAAUGUCUUCACUUAGUGUUCGGUUUAACACGUUGACCAACUCCACAGCAUACCAAUACGAUCGUUAUACUUUGCGACAGAGUGUCAUAAAGAAUUCUCCUGAGCCGCAGUAUUUGCCAGCCUCGCCAGUGCGCUCGUCAUAUUUCAACAACUCGAAAGUCUCUCCAUCAACUUUUGCAGAACUGUCAGAAACAACAGCGGUUCAAAGCAGAAUUCGACGAUAUCUGUGCGACUUGUACUGUAGAAAGCGCGUCACACCAACAGUUCAGAAGGCUCAACCACCAAUUGGCGGUCUGUGCUCGCGUACAGCAGAAUCUCACUCCAUUUUGCAGCUCAUGAACAUCGCUAUGAUGACAGACCCGUGGAAUUUCUUCUGGCUCCGCGUGCUUGGCAUCCAGCUAUACUUGUACAGGAUUCACCCCACUCGAUCAAUGACCAAAGAUGUCGACGACAGUGGCAGUUUGCUAUCGUACGCUGUCAUCUUGCCAUAUCCGAAAGAAGAGAUGGAAGAACGAACGGGUCUGAGCUUCGAUGAUUUUCAACUGCUUGACUCGGCAAGUUCCAGAGAUCUCCCAAUGUCAGUACUGCUUCAAUGCGGAUAG